UUGGAAAAGGUCGUGUUCAAUCCUCGAACGUGUUGGUCAAUUAUCACGUGAUCGUGGCUUGCUUUUGUGAUAUGCAGUGGUGCGGGAAAAACCGUAUUUGAUAAAUCAACUAGGGGUAGGUCGCUGGGGUACUUUACUGUACAAGGGCUCGACGCUUGACAUUUCCGCCGUCACGUGAUGUCGAUCCGAUCGACAAGACGCGUCGAUGCCAUCCGCUGACGUUUCGCCUGACAGCGAUGACGUCGGUCGGCGUCACGCGUCGGACAAUGGAGAAAGAGGUUUCGACCAACUGCGGGAAGAUCUCGGGGUUGGUGUCCAGCGCUCCCGCUACCCCGAAACAGACGGAACCCACCCCCGACGUCCCGCAAGACAGGUGCGCCCGUAGGUCGAAGACGUGCCUGGAGUCGAAGUACCGGUGCGCUAUCACCAGCGAGAGGUUGGUGCAGUUGAGGAAAACAGUAGAAAGCGCCGCCAAAGACCACAAGGUGUUCUCGAUCAGAGGCGGAUGGCCCAUAAUCCGCAAAGAGCUCCUCAAGAGGAACUGGAUCGAGAAAAUCGAACACGGCAACAAGCAGAAGAUCCUCAGCGUCGAUGACGUCACCAGCAACCUGCCCACUAAACAAGAGUGGGAGUCGCCCACUUCAUACGUCGAUAAAUGCGAGAGGACCGUUAUGUCCCGCAUGUUGUCGUCGUACGACGUCGACUUCUACUGGUCAAUGAGGAAGGACGCGUCCGACCUACUCCACAGAAGCAAUGCCUACAAGCUGAUCAAUCGUUUCAGCAGAUCCUUAUUCGCCUCCAAGGAAGGUCUCGCCCUUCUACUGCAGCAGGCGUACUGGUACGCGGAGGAAGGAGUCGCACAGGUCAACUUCCCGCGUUGCUACGUCCUCGGCUUUCCCGAUCACUACAACCUCUUCGUCGACGAUUUCCGUACGACCUCGUGCAUCGGUUUGCUGAAGUGGUUCGUCGAUCGGUACGAAACGGGCGGCCAAAUCCAGGGAGCGGACGGUACCGUCGCCCAUGCGGCAUUGAACUUCGCACUCCAACGUUGCCGAGAGUACGUCGCGAGUCAGAACCACGCGGACAUCGAUGAGGAGUUUUCCAGGGUGUGGGAUCACGAAUGGGAACAGUUUUUGACGCAGUUCUAUCGCGUCGUCCACCAAAAUGAAAUUUUGAUGGAGUUUAAGGACUCCCUCGCCAAUAAAUAUGCGCAAGUUAAGAUGACGCUCAACGAACUAGGCAAGCACUGGCCCCAGUUCGAUAUAGAUGGCAUGAAAAACAUCUGGAUCGUAAAGCCGGGUAACAAGUGUAGGGGCAGAGGUAUCCAGUUGAUCAAGAGCGUCGCAGAAGUCGACAAAUUGAUGGGACUCAAGAUGAAGUAUGUGGUGCAAAAAUAUAUAGAACGUCCGUUCACGAUACACAACACGAAGUUCGAUAUCAGGCAGUGGUUCAUGGUGACCAACGUUCAACCGCUGACCAUCUGGAUGUACAGAGACAGCUACCUGCGAUUCAGCGGGCAACUGUUCGACCUGGACAACUUCCACGAAUCGCUGCACCUCACCAAUUACGCGAUCCAGUGCAAAUACAGCAACGGGGAUCGACGAGAUCGAGCCCUACCCGACGACAACAUGUGGGACUGUCACUCGUUCAGGGCAUACCUCAAACAAAUCGGCAGUAUGGAGAAAUGGCACGAGGUCAUAUACCCGGGCAUGCGGGAGAGCAUAGUGUGCACCAUGUUGUCCAGCCAAGACACGAUGGACCGACGUCCCAACACCUUCGAAAUAUACGGCGCAGAUUUCAUGGUGUCUGAGGAUUUCCGCCCGUGGCUCUUGGAGAUUAAUUGCAGCCCUGACCUGUCGUACUCGACGUCGGUCACGAGCAGACUUUGCGCUCAGUGCAUGGAGGAUAUAGUCAAAGUUGUCGUUGAUCGCCGAAGAGAUCCGAAUGCCGACACGGGCUCGUUCGAGCUCGUCUACAAGCAAAAUUACCCUAGGACGCCGCCUUACCUCGGCAUGAAUCUGUCGGUCAGGGGCAGGAGGUUGUUCCGGUGCAGGACGCGUUCGGUAAAGGAACACCAGGAGCGCGAAAAGUCGGAGAACGCGCCGAGGCUCAGGAAAACCGCCGCCAGGCAACCGAAAACCCUGCCGGACAUCCCGGCCGCCGAGGUCGCUUACAAAGGUCCGAUCAUAAAGGAUUUGAUCGAGGAACUUCACGAAACGGGCGAUUUUGCAACGUAGCUUCGCCACGUGCUUUGACAAUGUCGUUUCGACUCACUCGGUUCGUAAGCGUCGCUUUGCUACUUUGCUUUACAGCACUUCUCCGCUAUUUAAAUUACAAGAGUCGCUUCGCAACAUAAGUUGCUUAAAUACAUGUUUAUCAUUUGCUUUUUUAUUUUAUUGUUGCAGUUAUUGUUAUUUAGCAAUGUUUAAAGAAAUUUCAAAUAAUAAAAAUAUAUCAUUACAAGCUCAAGGAUUUUUAUUUUUUUUAACUUUAUUCCGUUUGCUACAUGCACUCGAAAUUAGAAAUUCCAUGCCGCUAUUUAUAACUACGCUACAUCUUGAGUUCUCCUCGCCGUGCGAUUUUACAAUGUCGCUUCGCCAGGAAAUUUCGCAAUAUCGCUGCGGAUUAUUCACAUCGCUACGCAACAUAAUUCGCUUAAAUGCAUAGUAUUAUUUGCUUGUUUAUUUUAUUAUAACAUUUAUUGUUAUUUAGCAAUCUUUAAAGAGAUGUCCAGCAUCUCGAUGGUUUUUGUUAUUCUACCUUUAUUCCAUUGCGUUCGUUUCGCAACAAACUUUCGCCCGAUUUCAUAACAUAACUUCGGCAUUAGUUUUCACAAUCGUACUUCUGCUUAUUCGCUUCGUAGGUGUCGCUUCGCCGUGCGAUUUCGCAAUGUCGCUUCGUUACGAACUUUCGCAAUGUCGCUUCGGUUGAUUAGCUUCGCCGCGUCAAUUCGCAACUUUGUUU